AUGAGAGAUGCUGCAUCUUCGCCACCUUCACAGCCUUCUGCUGCUCUUGGUCAAAGUGUGAACUAUCCAGAUCCUGUUUGUGGUGUGAUAGGAUCAACAGUCACCCUCCCCUGCUACUUCAUACCACUGAAGUCUGUCAGUUACUAUGGAAGAGAAGUUUUGAUCGAGGUCGUCAGAGUCAUCUGGUGCAAGAAUCAUGAAACCUGUCAGUCUGUGUAUGACAGCAAAUCAAACAACAAUGACCCUCGUUACAGAUACCUGGGAGACAAGAAGGGAGACUGCACUUUACAGAUCUCAGAUUUACAGAAGGAAGACGACGCAACUUUUCUCUUCAGAGUGGAAAUGAAUGAUCCCAGAGCAUCUUUUACUGACCCAGCAGGAGUGAGCGUCAUAGUCGCUGCUGCUCUGGGUCAAUGUGUGAACUAUCCAGAUCCUGUUUGGGCUGUGAAAGGAUCGACCGUCACCCUCCCCUGCUCCUUCACACCACUGAAGUCUGUCAAUGACAAUGGAAAAGAAGUUUUGAUCGAGGUCGUCAGAGUCGUUUGGUGCAACAACCAUGAAUUCUGUCUGCUUACCACUCCGUUUGUGUACGACAGCGAAUCACAGAACAACGACCCUCGUUACAGAUACCUGGGAGACAAGAAGGGAGACUGCACUUUACAGAUCACAGAUUUACAGAAGGAAGACGACGCAACAUUUGGCUUCAGAGUGGAAACUAAUGAUCCCAGAGCAACUUUUACUGACCCAGCAGGAGUAAGAGUCACAGUCGUAGAUGGUGCUCAGAUGAAGAUAAGAAGCUCCAGAGAUGACGGAGAGUUUAAAAGAGGAGAAGCAGUCACACUGAACUGUUCUGCUGCAAUCUGCACUAUCCACCAACUGGAGGUCACCUGGUUCAGAGAUGGCUCCGCCCUCUCAGAGUCUGGCCCCGCCCUACAUCUGGGUUAUCUGACUGCAAAGGAUUCUGGGAACUACACCUGUGGUUUGAAAAGGAACAACCGCACCCUCUCCGUGCCGUACAGCCUGCACGUGGAAGAUGAGGAAGGUCUAUACAGUCCAAGUCUAGCCCUCAAUAACAUCCACACUGCCGACAUGUUUGCCACAUUUAUAAAGCGUCUGCACCUCUCAGUCUACACUGAUUGA